AGGUAAGGUUCGGGUUACCUGCAGCGCUUCAGUCUCUACAGACUCCGCGUUGGAAGAACAUAAUUCACUCUUUGCUGAUGAAUUUGCCGAUCAUAGACCCCAGGAGUGGUUUCUGAGUUUGCCCUCACCGUUUCAGGUGUGUUUCCGGAGGUGAGCUCAUGCACCUGCAGGUAAAGGUCACAUGAUGCUGAAAUGCCUAGCAUAGACCUGCCCACCACAGAUCACCACACUGGGACCACCCCCACCCCUGAAGGAAGUAAUGCUGUACCUGGAGAUGAAGUGAGUGACAUGGAGCACCUCCUGGAUCUCUUCCAGAGCCAGCUUCCUUUCAGCCUGUCUCCACUGGAGCUAAAGGAGGAAAUGCAGAAAGCUGAGAGCAGCUGGAAUCAAGAUGGAGACCUGCAGGACUGCGGACAGUUGGAGAGUAGGUGGGUGCUCUGGCAAGAGUUUAUGAAGGAAUACAGCCACUUAGAUGCUUGGUUGAGACUGGCCGAGGAGGCUUUCUCUACCACAAACUCUUUCCAUGUUACCUACCAGACUGCCAAGGAGGAACUGAGGAAGUGUGAGAGGCUGCGACAAGAGGCAGGACCUCGGCUUGUUCAGCUGGACAGUCUGACCAGGAGAAAUCGAAAAUUAAUUCGGCUCUUUCAGGGCGCCAUGCAGGCUCGGCUGCUGGCAUCAGCGAGGGAGUGUGGCCGACGCUGGGAUGAUGUGAAUGCCAAACUGGAGUCCAUCACAGGUCGACUCCAGCUCCUUGUCUCAGAGUGGGAGGGGUUUGAAGCACAAAGGGAGGAGCUUGCACUCUGGCUGGCUGAUAUGGAUGUCCGUCUGAGCGAGGUUGACCAGCUAACAGGAAACACGUGUGAAAAAAUGAGACAACUGCAGUCAUUUCAGGAAUGUGUGUGCGUGAACUCAGGCCGUGUGAAUGCUCUACUGCAGCGUGGUGAGGCGUUGAUUCAGCACAGUGAGCCUUCUGAUGCUCAGCACAUAGAGAGCAGGCUACUGGAGUUGCUGCAGCAUUGCAGCCGUGUCUAUAACAAUAUUGCACGGACACACACCCGGCUGCUCAGCAUGAGACUGGUGUUUGAGGACGACUGGAUUCUGUCCCAAGCUACAGACUCUGGUUGUCCUUCAGAGAGUCUUUUAGAAGAUGAGGGAACAGCUGAAAAACAAAGCAUAGACCUCAUUGCGUCUUCGAACCAUCAUAAAGACCCUCCAUCACCCCUUCACCAUCCUCCUCCUCCUCCAUCCUCUCCUACCCAUGACCACCUGGGGCUGGAGUGGGACCCCUCAGUUGACAUUGGACGCUCUGUCUCCCGCGAUGACGCAGACUCAUCGUAUUUCAGUGCCAGCACAGGUCUCUGUCAGAGAGAUGGCCUGAAGAGGUGGAGCUACCUCAGCUCCUUUGACUCUCAAUCUGACAUCAGCGCUGACACCAGGAACCGGGAGGCAGACUUGGAAUGGCUUGACUGCGCUCAGCUGGGCUGCUUCUUGCCAGUUGCAGAGAGACAGGAAGAAGCUCUGGUCUGCAGGGACCAGUGGAAGACCUCGACUCCUGACCGACAAGAUGACAAGAUGGUUGACUUCGAUGGAAGCCGCGUGCAAGCGUGGCUGAGAGUCCAAAGCACCACUUUGCCAGAGAGGAGCACUUCCUGUUCAAAAGCAGUGCAGACUGAUGGGGAGCUCAAGUGUUACAUGGAUGGAAACCGUGUUGACACAUCCAUCAACAGCCAGCACUGGCAUGAUGACACGCAGCUUUCUCCUUCACUGUCACAUGACCUGAAAUUAAAGGCCUCCUCUGAUUGGACAAGGAACCAUUACCAGUCAAAAGCACAGGAGGAACAGGAGCUGCACUGCUGUAAAGAACCUGAGCGUCUAGUGUCCGAACAAAGUGUUCACCACGUGACCUCCAGCAGCAACAGGGCCUCCUAUUUGCUUUCCCCCGCCCUCAUCUACCUCCUCCUGGCUGCAGCACUGGCUCUGCUGGCCUAUCUGACCUGGGCCAUUCUGGAGCCACCAUGCCAUCGCAGCAACAGGAUGUCCCGUACCUUCCACCUGACACUGAGAUAUGUCAACGGACCCCCGCCUACCUAAAUGCCAUCUGGAGACUCAUGGUCAAAACACAUUCCUCAGGCUCUUCAGAACUGUGGCUUGCAACACGUGAACAUUUUAAACAGCAAUAACUUUAAACAAUAGAGACCAGACAAA